AUGAAUAUGGAAGAGCGGGACAUCCUGACACAGGUUCUAGCAGUAGCAGUCAGCGUUGCAAAAGCUGACGUAAGCCUUGGAUAUCAUUAUAAUGCACCAACUACAACUUUUGGCGUUCCAUCUUACCAAGCCGGUAGCAACAGCUACAAAACUACAUACUCAACAACUAAAAAUAUCGUCAGUUCGGGUGUUGGCUCAGGCCUCGGUUCAGGUAUAAGCUCCGGUAUCGGCUCAGGUAUCAGCUCCGGCCAAGGUGCUGGUUAUAAGUAUGGCAGCCAUGGAUUGGGCUCUUCCUACAAUUUACUGGGGUCAAAUUCUGGCUUGUCCUCCUCUCAAAACCAAGGUGGCUUAAACUCUGGAUCUCACUUCAAUGUUGGUACAACUGGACUAAACUCAAGAUACAACUACGGAUCCUCUGGAGUCUCUAGUUCCGGAUCAAACUCAAAUUACAACUACGGAUCCUCGGGAGUCUCUGGUUCUGGAUCAAACUCAAAUUACAACUCCUUUGGUUCCUCUAACAUAGAUUCUAAUUCAAAUUAUAAUACCGCCAGCGCUACAGACACAGGUUUUGGAUCAAAUUAUAACUCACAAGGAACAACUGCUGGAUCAAACUAUUUCUUCGGCUCUGACGGUUAUGGCUCAAAAUAUAACACUGGAGGCCAUGGGAAUUACUACGGAUCAACUUUUGGUCAAAACUCCGGAUACCAAACUACAUUCCAGACUACUGCAGAUACAAGUGGCUUAGAUAAUAUCGGAAGUUACUACCAAAAGGCAAGUGCUAAUAAUCAAUUUAUUUCAUCAAAUCAAUAUCAAAACGCUGCCGUUCAAAAUUAUCAAGAAUACUACAAUCAAAUUCAGCACCAACCACCACAAAUAUUCAAACAUUUUUACGUACAUGUUGCUCCUGAAGAUCCAGAACCAACAAAACCAAGACAACCUAUUGUCCUUCCUCCACCUCAGAAGCACUACAAAAUCAUCUUUAUUAAGGCACCGACCCAACAACCUCCAGCUCCUCAAAUAAUUGCAGUGCCCCAACAAAAUGAAGAAAAAACCAUUGUAUAUGUUCUUGUUAAAAAACCAGAAGAUGCUCAGAACGUUGUUUUGCCUAAGUUCGAACAAAAGCCACCAACGAAACCAGAAGUCUUCUUCAUUAAAUACAAUAACAAAGAUUCUCAAUCUUUAAUCGACAAUAUUGUUAGUGAUUAUAACAAAGGAGGAGUUUCAGGUUCAUUCCAAGGUGCAGCUGUCGCUGGUUCUGGUUAUAAGACUAGUUCCUCAGAAAGUGCUAGCUCAACCGUAUCCGAAGGAGGUUCAAAGGAUAUAAGUUACGAAUCCAUUUACGGCAGUUCGGAUAGUUUUUCAUCGGGCGGUAUUUCUUCAACUACUCCCAGUAGCCAAGUCUUAGGAAAUACCAUAUCCUCUUUUUCUUCUAGCAUCGGUAGUGACUUGACUACUGGCACUAAAGGUAGCAGUUCCUCGUCUGGUUCUGGUUAUACUUCUGACUUUUAUUACAAGCAAAAACCCAGUACCAGUUUUGGUUCAGCCUCUAAUUCAUACAGUAGCUCUGCUGGUUCUGAAGGUAUUUACAAUACCAAACCUAACAAUGGUUUCGGUUCAACUACAUCUUUUAAUACUGGUUCCCUAACCUAUGGUAAAGUAUCCGGAUCAGAAAGCAGCUUUGGUAUAAGUUCUGAAAACCAGGAUUCCAGCUACGCUGAUUUAGCUUCUAAAUAUGGAUCUAAAUCGGAUAGCGACCAAUCUAGUUCCGUUUCUCACAGAUACGAGCUUAGUUCUUCCUCGAAACCUACAUAUGAUUCAAGUCUUUCAACAGAAUCUCUUGGAUCCACAAAUACCGGUGGUUUUUCUUCUUCUAAUCAUGAGGUUGCAGAUUUAGGCAAUGUAAAUGGUGGUUACGGUCCAAGUUCCGGUUCGAGCUCUAGUAGCUUCUCAUCCGUCACUAGUUAUGACGCAACUUCUGGUAAUCUUGGAACAAGCAACUUGGAGUCUGACAAAUACAGUAGCGAUUCUAGUAGUGCAAAUUCUGAGUACAAAUCUACUAUUAUUACAACUAGUCAGGGUGUUCCUCAUGAAACAUAUGGACCCCCUAAAUUUAAAACAUUGUAAAUAAAUUGUGACUUAAUUGCUCAUUUUUAUACUUUCACUCGAUGCAAAUAAAUAAUAUGUAAGGAAA